CUGCCUCCGCCAGCCCCGCCCCUCGCCUGCUCAUUUAAAUCUGCCGGAGUAGGCAGUAGCCGGUACCGGCCGGGAUCGGAGUCGAGUCGUCACCGUCACACGUCGACAGUUGCUGCUUGCAACACGUCCCAGCUGGUGCCACGAUGCAGACCCCAAGUCAGAAGCGGGCCACCCGCUCGAAUGCCUCCACCCCACUGAGCCCCACCAAGAUCAGCCGGCUCCAGGAGAAGGAAGACCUGCAGAACCUGAACGACCGGUUGGCCGUCUACAUCGACAAGGUGCGCUCGCUGGAGCUGGAGAAUGCUGGCCUGCGACUCCGCAUCACUGAGUCCGAGACGACCGUUAGCCGCGAGGUGACCAACAUCAAAGCCAUGUAUGAGACUGAGCUUGCUGACGCCCGGAAGACACUCGACAACGUGGCCAAGGAGAAGGCUCGGCUGCAACUAGAGCUGGGCAAACUCCGUGAGGAGUACGGUGACCUCAAGAACCGGAAUGCAAAGAAGGAGUCUGAUCUGGCAGCCGCCCAGGCGCGUCUCAGAGACCUGGAGGCCAUCCUCAAUUCCAAGGAUGCUGCGCUCUCCACUGCACUGGGCGAGAAGAGGAACCUGGAGAAUGAGUUGCGGGAGCUGCGAGCCAAGGUCGCUAAGCUGGAGCUGUCCCUGAGCGACACCAAGAAGCAACUCCAGGACGAGAUGCUGCGGCGUGUGGAGAUAGAGAACCGGGCACAGACCCUGCAGGAGGAGCUCGAGUUCCAAAGGAACCUCUACGACGAGGAAAUCCGGGAGACCAAACGCCGACACGAGUCACGGCUGGUGGAGAUCGACUCGGGCAGGCAGCGGGAGUACGAGAGCAAGCUGGCCGAGGCCCUCAAUGACCUACGCAACCAGCAUGAAGAGCAGGUCCGCCUCUACAAGGAGGAUCUGGAGAAGACCUACAACUCCAAGCUAGAGAAUGCCAAGUUCUCGGCCGAGCGGAACAGCAACCUGAUCGGAGCGGCCCAUGAAGAGCUGACCUCCACCCGCCUCAGGCUAGACAACCUGACCACCCAGAUGAAACAGCUACAGAGCGAGCUGGCAGCCAAGGAAGUGAAGAUUCAGGACCUGGAAGCAGCCCUGCAACGGGAGCGUGACACCAGCCGUCGGUUGUUGAACGAGAAGGAUCGGGAGAUGGCCGACAUGCAGCGUCGCAUGCAGAUCCAACUCGACGAGUACCAGGAGCUGCUCGACGUUAAGCUGGCACUGGACAUGGAGAUCAAUGCCUACCGCAAGAUGCUGGAGGGGGAGGAGGAGAGGCUGAGGCUAUCGCCCAGCCCUCCGCCGCAGGUGGCAGUGUCGCGGACCAGCACCAGCCGCUCGGUCCACACCUCGCAGACCGCCCAGACCAAGAAGCGGCGUCUGGAGGAGCUGGAGGACGAAGGGCCGAGCAGCAGCAUUACCCAGCAUGCCACAGCCCGCGGCCGCGUGCUGGUGGACUCCAUCGACCCUGAUGGCCGCUUCGUCCGACUGAAGAACAAGACUGAUGAGGACCAGCCCAUGGGCAACUGGCAGUUGAAGAGGCAGAUCAAUGGCCGGGCCACCAUCUCGUACAAGUUCCCUCCCAAGUUUAUUCUUCUGGCUGGACAGUCUGUCACGAUCUGGGCGGCAGAUGCCGGUGCUGCCCACAGCCCUCCGACUGACAUGGUGUGGAAGACUCAGCGGAGUUGGGGCACAGGGGAAGAUAUCAAGACCAUCCUGUUCAACAGCAGCAAUGAGGAGAUGGCGAUGCGUAAGGUGACCCGCUCGAUGGUGAUUAAUGACGAUGAUGAGGACUUCGAUGGCGAACUGCGCCGGCGCGAUGUGCACCAGGCGGCCCACAGCGCCGAUGCUGAGUACAACCUGCGUUCCCGUUCCACGGUGUGCGGAUCUUGUGGGCAGCCGGCCACCCCACCCCACGAGUCGACCCAGAGUCAGCAGAAGACCACGGUGAUCACCGGCCCCACCUCCCGGCAGACGGUGACCAAGUCCUACCGCAGCGUCAGCAGCAGCGGGAGCAGCGGAGGAGUGGGAGGGGCGGCGGAGAGCCUCCUCCACCGAACAUACCUGAUGGGGCAGGACCCGAUUGCAAUGCAGGUCCUUCAGAAUCUCUGGGCCAAAGACUCCUGGCUCCCCACCGACGUCCCGGAGGCUCUCCCCACCCCCGAGGCGCCCUCCGACCCGACUCCCGCCGGCGGCAGCGACUCGGGGCGGGGGAGGGCCCAGCUCGGCGAGGGGGCCGGCCCCAGGCGCAGGCCGGUGAGAGUACGCUCGUCCCCGCGGCACAACAAGGGAGUGCCACCCCGCCGCUUUGGGCAGAGUACAGCGUCCCGCACCGGAGGCAGAGGGGCCAGGACUCGCCGAUAGACGCCCCCUCCCCGUACCCACCCCUUGUCUCCCCCCCUCGAACCCGGCGGAGGGGCGCUGACCUCGGAGGUGGUAACCGUGGCGACCCUCGGAACUGUGCAAUCAUGUAAUGGGCACACGCCGUGGAGAACCUGUGAUUUUUCAGACCAGAAAUUUUUUGAGCAUAUUUUGUAUAACAGGAAUAUUUCUUUAAAGAGAUUGUAAGCUUGGCGAAAAAUAUUUUGUUGAUUUGAUGCUCUCCGUGAGCCCUAGUUUCUAAAUGAUUCUGUAAGGUGCUCUGAAUUGGGAUGGAUUGAGAAUGGGUUGUAAUUCCUUUUGACUUUAGCAUACACACUGUCACUCUCUCUCUCUCUCUCUCUCUCUCUCUCUCUCUCUCUCUCUCUCUCUCUCUCUCACUCACUCACUCACACACACACACACACACACACACACACACACACACACACACACACAGUAAGAA